GUUUUACAAUUCAAGCAACACACGCAUUGUCAAGAGCCAUGUCAACAAUUCGAUAUUUAAGUCAAGAAGAAGCAACAAAUGUUGACUUGGAGUUAUUUAAUGAGUAUCAGUUUAGUGUAGAUCAACUAAUGGAAUUAGCAGGCCUGAGCUGUGCCCAUGCUAUUGCACAGUUCUACAGUCCAGAAGCUGGAAAGGCUGUCUUGAUUUGCUGUGGUCCAGGUAAUAAUGGAGGUGAUGGUUUAGUCUGCGCUAGGCAUUUGAAGCUCCUUGGCUUUUCCCCCAAGAUACUCUACCCAAAGCCAACAGACAAGCCCCUCUUCAACAACCUUGUAAAUCAGUGCAAAAUGUAUGAUAUACCAUUCCUGGAAGGCAUGCCAGAGUCAGGAGAUUUUACCAGCAAUUAUCAGUUGGUAGUGGAUGCCCUUUUCGGAUUCAGCUUUAAACCUCCAGUACGACCCUUAUUUGCACCAAUUUUGGAGAUGCUUUCCAAGUCAUCAGUGCCCAUAGCAAGUGUUGAUAUACCAUCUGGGUGGCAUGUAGAAAAUGGUCCAGUUGAAGGAACAGAGGCCCUCUCACCUGACAUGCUCAUAUCACUCACUGCCCCAAAACUGUGUGCUAAACACUUCAAAGGCCAGUAUCAUGUUUUGGGUGGUCGAUUUGUGCCUCCAAAAUUACAUGACAAAUAUCAGCUAAAUCUCCCAGCUUAUCCCGGCAAAAGUCAGAUUGUUAAGCUCGACUCAUGAAACGGCUCAGUUUUAUAAAAUAGAAGGUUUGCACUGUAUUAAUGUUCUUGGCAAUGGAAUUUGUUUUACUUUCCUGUUAGUGCCUUUUUUUCUUAUUGAAAUACAUAACAUGUUCGUAGGGAAAAAUUAUGAAAAGCAUGGAAAAACUCACUACGUAGUAAAGUAGUGAUCUUUGUGAAUUGGGCAUUCACUCAGAAGACAAUUUCCAUUGGUUAUACGUACUGCCUGUAAUGUGUCUCGUGCAAACCAUUGGUUGUAGAAAGGGUUCCUAGCAUUUUGCCAUUAGACUCUACCUGUAGUAUUGAUUUCCAUCUGUUACUUCAUUUAUACCAUUUGGUCUCUUCCCACAAUUCAGUCAAACUUGUUCAUGUGUUACUUCAAUUUCAGCCUUUUUUUUUAUGCUAGUUAUUUUUAUGUCCAUCAUAUAAUAGUACUGUAAUGUGCAUGAGCAGACUGGUUAAAUUAUUUUAAACUUACAGUUAAGGAAGUUACCAUAUUUCAUUAUUAGUCAGUUAGAGAGGAAACUUCUGUUGCAUACGUUUAUUGUGAUUACGUAAUGGCUUUAAUAAGCAAAUAAAGUACAUAAUACUUUUGA